AUGGCUACCAGGAGGAGAAGGAACACUACUGGAGCUGAUGACAUAGCUCAGGCGAUUCAUCGCAUGGUGGACGCGAUGCAGCCCAUAGCAGCGCCAUCCAGAGCUGUAGUUGCACCUACCAGGCCAAUAACUAUGGAGGAUUUUAUGAAUCAUAGGUUCGCCAAGUUCUCUGGCAAGGCUACUCCUAAUGAGGCAGACGCCUGGAUGCGGGAGUACGAGAAGAUUUGCAGGGGGAUGCAGCGGCUGAUGCAGACCCGAGGUGAGGAGAUGACAUGGGCUACCUUCAGGACGAAGUUCUUGGAGAAAUAUUUCCCGGACAGUGCGAGGCAUGAACGAGAGGUAGAAUUCCCAACGCUGCAGCAGGGAACCAUUACCGUGGAGGCUUAUAUUGAGAGGUUUGAGUACCUUGCACGUUUUUACUAUCUAGAGGUCAUUGAGGAGUGGAAGUGUAGGAAGAUCGAGGGUGGACUAAAACACGAGCUGCGCAGAUUUUUGGUACCCCUCAUGAUCAGAGAAUUCCCAAUUUUGGUCGAGCAGGCCAAAACAGUUGAGCAGCUUGAGAUGGGGCCCAGCCGAGCAGCACGAUCACAGAAGACUGCUCCACAUGUCAGAUCACAGAAGAAACCAUAUAGCAGGCCACCGACUACCUCUAGGAGGCUACAAUGCUAUAACUGUGGCGGGGAACACUUGAGGAGAGAUUGUACUAGACCUGCUAGCAGUAUAGGUGGAGGCAGUAGCACUGGAGCCACCCAUUCAUUCGUAUUUAAUGAAUGUGUGAGGAGGCUCGGGCUUGCGAUGCGAGAGCUAGGCUGCGAACUGAUAGUUGCGACGCCAGCAUCUAGUGAGGUAUCCAACACUUCUGUAUGUGUGGGGUGCCCUAUGGAGGUGGCAGGCCGCAGGUUUAAGCUGAAUCUUAUUUGUCUGCCGAUGGAGGGUUUGGACGUGAUUCUGGGCAUGGACUGGCUAUCGAGCAACCAUGUUGUCAUUGAUUGCGGACGGCGCAAGAUAGUGUUUCCAGAUACAGUCAGGUUGGAACUUAUCUCGUCUAAUCAGGCUGUGAAGGAGAUUGAGGCUGGAGCUACAUGUUUUAUGAUAGUGGCUCAUGCAGAGAAGAGUAGUACUGUAGAAAAGAUCAGCAGAAUUCCUGUAGUGGAUGAGUAUGCAGAUGUUUUUCCGGAUGAAAUUCCAGAGUUGCCUCCUAGUAGGGAUGUGGAUUUCUCCAUUGACCUCAUCCCUGGCGCUGAGCCAGUUUCUAUGGCACCGUACAGGAUGGCGCCAGCUGAGUUAGCUGAAUUAAAGAAACAUAUUGAGGAUCUACUUGAGAAGAAGUUCAUCCGACCGAGUGCAUCACCGUGGGGAGCACCAGUUUUGUUAGUGAAAAAGAAGGAUGGUAGCUCCAGGUUAUGUGUUGAUUACCGGCAGCUGAACAAGUUAACGAUAAAGAAUAAGUACCCGUUGCCGAGGAUUGAUGACCUGGUUGAUCAGUUGAGGGGAGCUACGGUAUUCUCGAAAAUAGACUUGAGAUCUGGAUACCAUCAAAUCCUAGUCAUGUCGGAGGAUGUCCAGAAGACCACUUUUAGGUCGCGAUAUGGUCACUAUGAGUAUGUGGUGAUGCCAUUUGGGGUGACCAAUGCGCCGGUCAUAUUCACGGACUAUAUGAAUAGGAUUUUCUGGCCAUAUCUGGAUCAGUUUGUGGUAGUGUUUAUCGACGAUAUUCUGAUUUAUUCUGAGAGCAAAGAAGAACACGCAGAGCAUCUGAGGGUGUUGUUGGGGAUUCUCAGAGAACAUCAGUUGUAUGGGAAGCUAUCGAAAUGUGAGUUCUGGUUGGAGGAGGUACAAUUCUUGGGCCAUGUGAUCUCAGCCCAAGGAAUAGCAAUCGAUCCGGCAAAGAUCGAGACAGUGGUGAAGUGGGAGGGGCCACAGAUAGUUACAAAGGUGCGGAGUUUCCUGGGUUUGGUAGGGUAUUAUCGACGAUUCGUGGAGGGUUUCUCCAAGAUGGAUAAACGGCCUGUGGCGUAUGCAUCGAGACAGUUGAAAGUGCAUGAGAAAAAUUACCCGACACACGUCUUGGAGUUAGCGACAGUGGUGUUUGCCCUUAAGACAUGGAGGCAUUAUUUGUAUGGGGCGCAAUUUCAGCUACGAGACAUGAAUCUAGGGUUGGAUAUGGGGGCAGGAGAGAUACGGUACAAUAUGCUCAGGAUCACGAAUGAGUUCCUAGAUGAAGUUCAAGUGGAACAAGGUAAGGAUCAGGAGCUGCAUCAGAUCAUUAGUGAGUUAGGCACUAAGAAGAGGAAGGAUUUUCGGAUGGGCAGAGACGGUAUCCUACGGUUCAGAGAGAGUGUGUGUUUCCAGCAGUAG